GGUUUUCGACGUUUCAUACGUCUUGACGUCCUCAGAAAAACUUGGUAGGAUCCCCCCCUCCCUACGACCGUGGCUCGUCCGUUACCCUCCAAGAUGGAGGCUUUAGGGGGCUACCCUGCCAAGUCCUCCAGCCCAAAAGCCAAAAGGUUGAGGGUGCUGCUGAGCAUGACGGUCGGUGUGGGGUGUCUGUUCCUCCUGCAGACCCAGCUGGUGAAGCCGAGGAAGCCCACGGAUUUUUAUUCUUUCGAGGUCAAAGACGUGAAGGGGAGGCUCGUUUCCCUGGAGAAGUACCGAGGAAAAGCGUCGUUGGUUGUAAACGUGGCGAGUCACAGCGAGCAGACGGAGGCGAACUACAGGUCUCUGCAGGAGCUGCACCGGGAGCUGGGCACCUCUCACUUCAACGUCCUGGCCUUCCCCUGUGGCCAGUUCGGUGACACAGAGCCCGGGACCAGCCGGGACAUCGAGGCUUUCGCCAAGUCCACUUACGGUGUUACCUUCCCCUUUUUCAGCAAGAUCAAAAUACUGGGCUCAGAAGCGGAUCCUGCCUUCAGAUUCCUCACAGAUUCUGUGCAGAAGACCCCAAAGUGGAACUUCUGGAAGUUUCUGGUCAAUCCAGAGGGUAAAGUGGUCCGGUUCUGGAGAACUGACGAGCCCAUGGAGAGUAUUAGACAAGAGGCCACAGUGCUGGUGCGAGAAAUGAUCCUAAAGAAACGGGUGGAGCUAUGAUGGAGCUUGAUGAUAGCUAGUGGACACGCCGCUGGGUUAUGUCUGUUUCCUGCACGCUGGCUGCCAGGAGUAACCACUGCUGGACUAUGAACUGUUGCGAUUGUGGCUGGGUGAUGUCUCCCUCCGGAAACAUGCAGGAUGAAAGGAUCCACUAGUUUUAACCACAAAAGCAAUGAAAAUCAUGCUAGCCAAAAUGUGUGUGUGUGUGUGUGUGUGUGUGAGAGGGUGUCUGCGAGUACGGGGACCAUGGUUAAUGGUGAGAGUCGUGACGAACAUUCCUUAUAAUGACCACUGCUGCAGCUGAAGGGUUGUUUAAAAGUACUGGAUGUUACACAUGUUCAGUUUUGCUUAGUUUGUACCACCUCUUUAUCAUGUUUACAUUAAAAUCUAAUUCUCUGGUGAAGCAUACCAUUUUAGUCAAUUUUGACUUGAUUUGAUUUGUGGAGCAGCCAUAACACAAUA